UUCGUGGGACUAUUCAAUCCAUCAAAUUCCCGUUGCUUGUAAACCCAUAGGCGUAGGCCAUCGACGUAACUCGACUGGUUGGAAUGCGUAGAAGUCCUGGGUUGGCCAUACCAACGCAACACUGCAAAGAUCUUUUAGCCGCAUUGCAUGCUCUGUGAUUAUUAAAAUAGAGUCGUGAUAUGCUGUGGUCACUUGUGAGAUGUAUUCACCACUCUCGCUGCACUUGCACCAGCCAGUCGACAUGCAUGGUAGUGGAUUCGGACGCCAUCUCCUGGCCUUCAUGCUGGUGACGAUUCUAACAGGCAUGAGGACUUUGUCGGAGCCUCUGUCUCCAGAGGACACGGGGAGUCCGCUCCAUCAGACGGCCGCCUAUCCCAUCCAGCCUGUGCCUGAGUUUGUUUUGCUGCCAACUGAUGAGCUCGGAUUCACACGGAUGGUGUUGAUCAACCAGGCCGUCAUGUUCCGGGAGAGCAACAGAAGUAUGUAUACUCCCCAUCUGAUGUACAUGUACAAGCAUUUUCACGGGGAAACAGCAUAUCUAGGCGUGGCAGUGUACGAAACGGGCUACUUGGCAGGUCUGACAUGGCAGGUGUUUGAACGUGAAAUCAACUUGAGCAGAGCUCUGGGCCCGGAGUGCUGCUGCUUCUGGGAAAUAAUCCCGAGUGUAGCUUUGUCCCCGUCGAGAGAACAUAUCUUUCUGCAUGGUUUUGGCCCUGGCGAAUGCAACAACAGGAUACUGGUAUAUGGCGAUAGAACAGCAAGAGUCAUGAGACCCCAACAACAUUCACACUCACGCGGGAUUACUACUCGGGUCGAAGACAGCGGAUCCGCUCUGGUCAGCGUUCGUAAACCGAGUGCCAGGGCAGGAAAUUCUUCCGGUUCGGCCGGCAUUUAUCUGUUGUCAUUUGGCGGCUGUUCAUGGCAGGACCUUUCCCCUAAGUAUGGCCAAUGUAAAUAUUCAUCAAGUAUCCUACAUCGGAUGCUCGUUCACACAAACCAUUAUGAGUCCGGCGGCGAAUGGGAACGUGUGAAAGCAACGGGACCCAAAGCCCAACGGUCGCGACCGUUCCUCAGCCUAUUUCCUGAUGGAGAUACUUCAUUUAUUUUCGUUGGCGGCUGGAAACCUGUGGGCGGUCCAGCAUCUGGCACAGUGCAAAUGGCGCUUGAAUUCUGGAGGUUUGAUCUACUCUCAUGGACUUGGUUCGAGCUAGAAAACAAUCACUUCAGGUCAGUCCAUUUGAGGUGUUCACUGACGUCACCCGACGUAUCCUAUCUUGCCUCAAGCAGAACAGUGCUCAUUAAGGACGAAUCGUGCAGCUACCCAUGCGUGUUAAUUGUUUGCGAUAUUGGAACGAGGUCCGUGGACUGCACGACACCAUCAGUUCCAGUAUACUCCCGGACACUGCGCAGUAGAAUCUGUCACUUACAUAUUUCGUCUGGAAUCCGCUCCUUUAUCUUUGCAUCGCCGAAAGGGAACGAAAUGAUUAUGGUCGAUAUUUACAAAACGAUCGAAAACAAUCGGACGACUUCCCGACCACACGCACUAAAUCUAGAACCGUCAUAUAAAUUCCCUGGUUUCAUAGAUGGAAGCUCUCCAUUCAGGACAGCGGCUGUCAAAGCUCCAGUUAGUUCCACUGAGGAGUCUGAGUUCAUGUAUGUCUUCUUCGGCAGAAACAGUGUAUUCAUGGAGGACGGCCAGGAUUCCUACUAUGCCUCUCAACCUGCGUACUCGUUUCCCAUGGCCAUGUGGAUUUUACGUGCCUACAGCAGCACACAGCUUCAUCUUGGUCUGGGUCAAUUCGAGUACACGCUUUUCUAUCCAAAGCCCGGACCGGUCAAUCCUCGCCGUCAAUAUCACACUGUCAGCUUGAUUACGAAUACAACAGUUGUUAUGUAUGGAGGUUACGAAACACGAAGCGACGGUAAAGUCGUUGGAGACAUGGACCCGUAUCCGUGGUGUUUCAACCUAAAGCAACACUUCUGGGUGGAAGCAACUGUUCCAACCAGGACUACUCCCCCUCCGCGAGGAGAGCAUAUAUCAUUCCGGUACAACUCCACAGCCAUGGUGGUACACGGUGGUCUUGACCCAGUAAGUAGUGAUGUCGCCCUGGCCCUGGGUGAUUUGUGGAUGUUCAUCAUGGACGACGAAGAUCUCUGUACGGGGAGAUGGCAUAACCUCACAGCACACGUGAUGAAAGGUUCCCUACCAAGCCAGUAUGGCCACACGGCAACAGUAACCGAAUAUGGAGUACUUCUGUUCGGCGGAUUUCCCUCUGUGCCUUCCCUUUCCCGACUCACGUUUGUCGACAUACGCUCUGCUAGCAAUGUGGUCGUUCAUGAUAUUCCAUCCAGUCCAAGCAUCCCAAGCCGAUGGGCCCAUAGUCUAGCCUUUGCAAAUGAUAAGGACUUAGUUCUCCUUGGAGGGGCAAACAAACGUUUCCACAUGUAUUCCAGAGACGCAGAUUGGGCAUUGCUACUUCAGUUCACAACAACUGGAACAUUGACAGUCGCAACUUGGACUCCAUUCUUCAAAGAACGUAUAACACACCAUAUUGUUCUCGACGACAUGGUUUUUGGUGGUAUGGUGGAUGGCUUGUGCAAUAAUGAUGGACGUGGAGUGCGCCAUUUCAUCCAAUUAAACACUGCUACUUUGUGUCCCAGGGGAUAUGAGCGCGACCAAAACAACGCAUGCCGUGCGUGUUCACUUGGGUAUUACUCAUCUACUCUGCAAGAACCAUGCAUCGAAUGCAACCAAUCACUGACAUCCACCGACAUGGCAGCCACAUAUUGUGUUCCGGAGAGCCCAUGCAAACCUCACACUUGCAAUCAGCAUGGAGAUUGUAUCGUGGAUGAAGAAAACUUCAAACAUGCCUGCAUUUGUCAAUUCGGAUAUCUUCCCAGCGAUGAUUGUAAAACUCCAAUGGUGUAUCUCAUAUUAGUCGCAGCCCUGAUGUUCACGAUCGUGGGGACUUCACUGGUCAUUUCCCUUAUUCAGUUCUUGAGAAAGAGGAGAGCGUUGCACGCCAAGGAAAUUGAACUUGUGAACACAAAUCGUGACCUUUACCGCUCCAAAAGGAAACUCAGCCAAAUCGAUCAUGGAACACGUAUUGCCUGGUCUGAUCUGAGGAUCAGAAAACAAUUGGCCACUGGAAGGUUCUGCAAAGUGCUACUGGCUGAGUUAGGAGACAUCCCUGUUGCUGUCAAACAACUUCCUCCAUUUGUUUCCACUGAAUCACCAUAUGAUGCAUUCAUUCAGGAAGCUGAAGUUCUUCGAACAUUACGCCACCCCAAUAUUGUCAUGUUCUUGGGAGCGGGAAGAGACAAAAGAUCGGGUCGGCCAUUUCUAGUGAUGGAAUACUUACGGCGAGGCUCACUUUAUGAUGUUCUGCAUGAUCAGUCCAAUGCCAUUGAACAAUCAGAUCGACUUCGCUUUUCUCUGGAUGCGGCACGUGGUGUGAGGUAUCUGCAUAACACAAGUCCUCCGAGAAUUCAUCGUGAUCUCAAGUCAGCCAACCUGCUUGUCAGUGAUAAAUGGGUGGUGAAAGUAGCUGACAUGGAAACUACACGAUUCCUGGCCAUCCUGCAUGCAAACGCCGAGUUGAAUAAGACCUCAACGCCAACGGGGGCUGAGCAGACAGGACAUGGGAAUGGUCCCAUUCGUACUACAUCCUUCACAAGCCAGCAGCAGCAGCAGCAGCAGUCUGAUGGGCUGACAGCACCUCUACUGUCCAGUGCAUCCAGUGAUGUUAACCAUAGUGAUCCUGAUAUGGACAGAAACUCAGACGCAGAGGCUAUGACAUCACGCAUCGGAAUGACGUGCGGAGUAGGUACUGAUCGCUGGAGAUCACCUGAGUCUAUCAAGAAGAAUAUGUACACGGAGAAACACGACGUAUACAGCUUUGGCGUGGUGAUGUGGGAGCUAUCCACUCGCAGGAUACCUUAUGGACACCUGCACAACUCUGAUGAUAUUCUGGAUGAAAUUUCCAGCGGUGGCAAGCUCGUCUUCCCACCAAGCAUACCGUACGCCUAUCGUCAUCUUGCUGAGCAGUGCAUUAAGGCUGAUCCUGAAGAGCGGCCACAAAUGCAUCGCGUUGUUCACGAGCUGACGACUCAACUUGAUGCAAUCUGAAUUGUAACAAUUGUAUCUACUGUAGCAGUAGCAACGCUCCACGUAGGUUAGUGCAUGCAGCUAGCAAGAGUAAAAUAAUUAAUUGAUGCAUGUAAGCUCCCUGGGAGCUUAUUCUUGAAUCUUGAUGCUACUAGUCGACUGCUCUGACAUAAUGCUCUGGCACUAUGACAUAAUGCACUGCCUGCCGGAUCCCGUGCCGGUAGUCCCGGUACAUCUUGAGACAUUGCACAUACCACAGAGCCUAGUAUGCAGCAGGUCUGGGCCCGAUCUACACAACUUGAGACAUUCGACAUUUUUGUUCUUGAAGGAAGCACUGUACAUCGUGAGGAUACAGUGUGCUCCAACGGCAAUCAUCUACUAGUAGUUCAUCACAUCCUUCAAGCCAAUUGUAUGUGGCAAAUGAGAUUAAUAAUUAUUUUAAAAGGUCGUUGGCCUCUGGGUGGUGCAUCUGAUCUAUCCUCCACCACUGUUUAGGAGCCGCAUCUGAUGCCUGAUAGGCUGGGCGGGUAAUGCUAGCAUUAUAUCGAGCAUAAUUACUAUUAAUUAGCACUUUCUGGAGACUAGCACUGCGCUAGCAUAAUCCAGCAAGUUUUGCAAAACUAGCAUAUUCUAGCGACAACUAGCAUAAUAAUUAAAAAUUGUUGCAAAAUAUGGGAUUUUCAUGAGAAUUCACAAUACCCUCGCGACUAGUACCACCGCGCCUUUGCCUGCGGAGUAAUGAUAAUUCAGUGCUUCUUGUAGUUUCUGUUUCGUUGAACACGACUUAUGCUGCCAAAUACAUGUACAUGUGUGCUGUUAUCAAUCUGCAACAUUAGUAAUCUCAUGAUUCCACUAUUUCCAUUUUUCCGAAGCAGAAUUCAAGCAUUAGCAGUGCUAUUUUGGA